UGACUUAUGACAUCAGCUUGUUGCACAAGAGGUCUAAAGGAAGGGUGGGGAGGUGGAAGUCCUGUGGUCAGAUCAUAAACACCAAAAGGCUCACAGAUCCCUACAGAAAGCAUUGGAAGGGUCUGUUUUGUUAACUCUAUAUUUUACACGUUUUUCUUUUUUAUUUCUCACUGAGGAUGGGAACUGCAACCUCUUACCUACAUGUCGGUGCCUCUAACUGUAUGCGACGGCUGCAGAGCACUUACUCUCAGGUCUUCACUGGUAGCCUAUCAGAAGCACCGCGCCGUGGUUUAACAUGACACCUGCUACGCUGCUGAGAAAUACAUUUUCCUCGGAUUUUACUGAAAAUGAGAAGAUGGAGAUUGAGAGCAUUAAGACGUAUAAGAAAGACCUUCUGGAUGAUAUCCAGAAGUUAAAGAUGGAGAUAGACAACGUAAUGGCGGAAAUACUCAGCUUUGAGUCUGCAGAGGAAAACAAGACAGUAGAGAGGAGCAAACAGUUCUCAAAUGGGAAGAAGAAAUUCAACAUGGACCCUAAAAAGGGUAUCAAUUACCUGGUGGAGAAUAAGCUGCUGGAUGGUAGUGCUCAGUCCAUCGCUGAGUUCCUAUACAAGGAGGAGGGACUCAACAAGACAGCAAUUGGAGAAUUUCUUGGAGAAAGGGAGGAGCUCCACCUCCAGACCCUGAAGGCCUUUGUGGAGCUGCACGAGUUGUCCAACCUCAACCUGGUCCAGGCCCUCAGACAGUUUCUGUGGAGUUUCCGUCUGCCUGGUGAAGCCCAAAAGAUCGACCGUAUGAUGGAGGCCUUCGCCACGCGCUACUGCGACUGCAACACUCACGUCUUCCAGUCGGCCGACACGUGCUACAUCCUGUCCUUUGCCAUAAUCAUGCUCAACACCAGCCUCCACAACCCCAAUGUGAAGGACAAGACCACUCUGGAGCGCUUCUUCUCCAUGAACAGAGGCAUCAACAACGGAGAGGAUCUACCCGAUGAUCUCCUCUCGAAACUGUAUGACAGCAUUCGGAGCGAACCUUUCAAAAUCCCAGAGGAUGAUGGGAAUGAUCUGACUCACACCUUCUUCAACCCUGACAGAGAAGGCUGGCUCCUCAAACUUGGAGGCAGAGUGAAGACGUGGAAGAGGCGAUGGUUCAUCUUGACUGACAACUGCCUCUACUACUUUGAGUUCACCACUGAUAAAGAGCCCAGAGGCAUCAUCCCUCUAGAGAACCUCUGCGUGAGAGAAGUGCCGUACCCACGCAAAUCGUAUUGUCUGGAGCUGUACAACCCCAACAGUCGAGGGCAGAAGAUCAAAGCAUGUAAAACAGAGACCGACGGCAGAGUGGUGGAGGGGAAACAUCAGUCUUACACCAUCUGUGCCGCCAGCGCCGAGGAGAGAGACUCCUGGAUCGAGGCCAUCAGAGCAAGUAUCACCAAAGACCCGUUCUACGACUUGGUCUCAGUCCGAAAGAAGAAGGUGAUAAACCAAGCGCCUCAGGACUGAGCUGUCCAGUGCCCCCCACCCCCCCCACCACCACCACGGAUGCUUGUGGUACGGCACCACAGCGGGAUUCUCCCCCCCCCCUUUCAGUUGUAUUAAACACUGCAACAGGACAGAGUGCGGACACCGGAUGCUAGAAAGAAGGACACGGACGGUGGCUGUUCAGGCUUAAAGAGGGACUGCUGCUCUUUCCACUUCUCCUUUUACAGACUGACCUUAACAGUGUCAAAGGUGAAAGAUGACUCAUUUCUGUUGCUCUCAUUGUUGCUCUCGUGACAACGAGAUUUAUGGGCAGGAUGGUGUAAGUGAAGACUCAGUCUUUGUUGGUACAUAUUGUGGAUUUUGCUUUUUUAUGUUUAUAUGAUUUUUUGCUGUGUAUUUACCGCAUUUUUUUUUUUUUUUUUAAAUAUCUCCUACCAUGAAGAGAUUGUUGCUGUUUUGGUCGAUGUUUGUCUGCUCCACAAGAUUUAGUUUCUAAGAUCAUGUUGACAAAUCCAGCAGCUCUGCGAAUCCUAUAAAAAAAAAAAAAAAAAGAAAAAGGCAGGAGGCACUCUCUUUCUCAGCGUCCUGACAGUUCUCCCGGAGCUCAGAAAUGGACACUUGCAAGCAAAAGUAACAGGAAACAGCUUUGCUUCGGUCCAGUGGGUCAUUUUAAGUUUCAUCCCAGAUGCUUUGUUAGGUCUGGUCACCUCUGAAGAUGCUUGCCUAGGAAAUAUUUCAGUUUGUACAGGAAUAAUUUCACGUGUUUUCAAGCAUUUACUCUUUUUCAGUUGAUUUAAAUUUUGUGUAACUUUAUAGUGACAUAGGAUUUACCUUGAUGUAAAUCAUAAUCAUUAUAAAUGCAUCAGACUGCAUUUUUUAAUAUUCUUUCAUUUUAAGGUAGUGCAAUAAGUGCAAUAUGCAUCAUGUCUGAAUUGUUAUAAAUGCAAUGUGUACACUGUAAUAUUCUAAAAUGAUCUUUUAGCUGUACAUAAUAUAUUCAUUACAACUACUGUAAGCCAUGCCUUAUAGUGUGUGUCAGUGUAACUUUUGAAUAUUAUGUUCUCAUGAAAUAAUUAUUUA